AAAUCAAACGGCCACCACCCUAGAGCAAUAAACUCCUCCCAACCUCCCUCCUCUACAUCACACACACAACAGCAGCAGCAAACAAGACGCCAAAGGAGAAGAAUGAGAGAGAUCGACCGGGCGAUGGGGGCGAGGCUCCUGCAGGCGGUGGCGGGGCUGAUGAGCACGUGCACGCGGCGGGUGCAGCGUGCGGCGAGGAGGAUGGGCUCCGCCUCCGGCAACCGCGUGGUGGCGGUGCCGUGGAGGAAGGCCUUCUCGCUGCCGUCGGCGAAAUCAGGGAAGGCCGGGGGCAAGGGCAAGGAGGAGGGCGGCGGCGGGGGGCUGUGGAGGAAGGAGAUACUGAUGGGGGAGAGGUGCCAGCCGCUCGAGUUCUCCGGGGUCAUCUACUACGACGCCGACGGCCGCAUCCUCUCCCAGCCGCCAAGGUCGCCCAUGCGCAGCCCGCGCCCGGCGUACGUCGCCGCCAACGCCGGCCUCCACUAGCUGUAUUGUUCUUGGGUCAGUUCGAGUCAGCCGAUCCAGCAAAACGAUGGCGAGGCUUGCUCUGUUUUUCUUUUUCAGUUCGGGGAGACAGAGUGUUCUGUGUUUCUUUUUUCGUGUAUACGGUGAUCCUAGUGUUCUGUGUUUUUUCCUUUUCUCAAUCGUGUUGUAAUGAUAGGAUAUGCAAGAUUUUGUUGCUGAUUGUUCUUAUCCAUAUUACUUUCUGCAAAA